AUGGCAAGCUGGGACGAGUGCGAAUACGAAGGGGAAGUCGAGAGCGAGGACAGCGAAAGGGCCAUCACACAGAUGGACCCCCUGGAGUUACGGUUCUCGCAGCGGAAGAUGCGGAAUGUAUUUGCGGACGGCAAGCUGAUCGCAGAUUCUGUGAACCAGGUGCGCCCAGUGCGCCGGACGCUGGAAGAGCAGAACAUCUACGGGGCACCUUGGCGUCUCGAGGCCCCGUUCCCGGCCAUCGAAGUGCUCCGCUUCCGCUGCAAGCUCCGAGACGAGACCACGGGACGUCCGCUUUUGGAUCCAGUGACGAAGAAGGAGAUGUUUGAAGAGGAGAGCUGGUUUACUUUGGACAACCGGCGGCUUUACUGCCUGCAGCGAGUUGCUGUAGACUUGCUGCCUGAGAGAUGCACAGUGGACACCGUUGCGGAGAUUCGCAAGGAGCGACGCUUGCGAGAGAUCCGGAAGUUUCGGACCUUGGAUGGCGGCAGGUCCAUCAACGUAGGAAGUGUCGUGGACGGAGUACCUUUUGAGACGUGGUCCUGGGAGGAAGCCAGAAGUGAGGACAGGCAGAAGAGCAAGGGCCACAAGGGAAAGGAGGGCAAGGAGGGCAAGGAGGGCAAAGACGCCAAGAGCGGCAGCAAAGGCAAAAGUGGCAAGGGUGGAAAGGGCAAAGACAAAGGGAGGCGAGAUAAGUUACAAGGGGUGGUGGCCGUGGCAGGCAGGGGCCGUGUGGGCCAUGUGGGCCGUGCGUCGGCCAGUCACGGCGCCAGUGUCCGCAGUGCCUCCAUGAGGGACAUGGGCUGGCAGGGCGGCGUGGCUGCAUCCCUGUUGGGCUCCUUCAGCGGCACGCUUGGGGGUCAGCUACGCAUCUGCUCCUUGACACAGGAGGGCCAAGCCAAAGUUCGUUGCCUACAAGCGUGUGGAUGGGGCUUCUGGCUGGUGGGCCAGUUGCUGGGGCAGGUGGCGAUUCUUUUGGCGCCAGCAUCACUGACCGCCUGCGUAACAUUUAGCGGGUCUUUGCUCAGCAUCUCGGCGCUGGCUCUGCGCAAUUGGUCGCAAGUCGGAGCGGGCUGA